CCUGCUUCUAUUUAUGUGGGGGACCCAACAUGGCGGCUGCGGCGACCCUGGCGAUGGCGGUGGAGCCCAUCAGAACGUAGUAGCGGGCACAGGGACCCGGUCCGCACUCACGGUGGCGUCCGCGGAGACGGCUGAGGGUGCUGGAGGGAAGAAAAGCGACGGAGAGCGGAAGGAAAGGCGGGCAGGCACGCCGUACGGCGUCGAGGCGAGAGCCGGCUCGAGCGAGCGCCGAGGGCCAGAACAGUGGGGAUGGCGGAGCCGCGCCGAGUCGCGUUCAUUAGCCUGUCACCGGUGAGGCGGCGCGAGGCCGACUUGGCGGGCGCCGAGCGCGCCCCCCGGCUGGAGCCGCAGCCGUACCGCGAGCCGGCCCGGGCGGAGUCGGCCCCCCGCGCUGACGCGCAGCACCCGGCGCGCGACAAGCCUCCCCAGCGCGAGGUCAGCCGCGCCGAGCCGCCCAUGGCGCUGCAGCGCGAGCCCCCGCGGCCCGAGCCGCCGCCGCCGCCGCUGCCGCUGCCCCUGCAGGCUGCCCCGCCGCGGGAGUCGGCUUCCCGGGCGGAGCCGCCGCCGCGACCGCCGAAGGAGACGGUUCGCCUGGAGCUGGUGCUCAAGGACCCCACGGACGAAAGCUGCGUGGAGUUCAGCUACCCGGAGCUGCUGCUGUGCGGAGAACAACGGAAGAAGCUUGUUCAUACAGAAGACCCAUUUAAUGAUGAGCAUAAGGAGAGGCAAGAAGUGGAAAUGUUGGCUAAGAAGUUUGAAAUGAAAUAUGGUGGGAAAGUCCGUAAACACCGGAAGGAUCGGCUACAAGAUUUAAUUGAUAUAGGCUUUGGCUAUGAUGAGACAGAUCCAUUUAUUGAUAACUCAGAGGCUUAUGACGAAUUAGUCCCUGCUUCUCUAACAACAAAAUAUGGAGGCUUCUACAUCAACACUGGCACUCUUCAGUUUCGCCAAGCUUCAGAUACUGAAGAAGACGAUAUUACAGAUAACCAAAAGCACAAGCCCAAGGUUCCCAAAAUAAAAGAAGAUGAUAUUGAGGUAAAGAAGCGGAAGCGGAAAGAGGAAGGGGAAAAAGAGAAGAAGCCAAGGAAAAAAGUUCCCAAACAACUGGGAGUUGUGGCUCUCAAUUCACACAAGUCUGAAAAAAAGAAGAAGCGAUAUAAAGAUUCCCUUUCUCUGGCUGCCAUGAUACGAAAAUUUCAAAAAGAAAAGGAUGCAUUGAAGAAGGAGUCUAGCCCUAAAGUCCCUGUGACCCUAUCAACUUCCUCUCUGACUAAGUCCUCUUGUGCUGCCACAGCCCUGGGGGAUGAUAUCCCAGACUUAAGUCUGAACAGUGCUGAUCCAGACCUCCCUAUUUUUGUUAGCACAAAUGAACACGAAUUGUUUCAGGAAGCUGAAAAUGCCCUAGAAAUGCUAGAUGACUUUGACUUUGACAGAUUACUGGAUGCUGCUUCUGAUGGUAGCCCCCUCUCUGAGUCAGGGGGAGAAAAUGGAAACACCACCCAGCCCACCUUCAGCUCUCAGGUUAUGCCCAAGGUGGUACCUACACUUCCAGAUGGUCUACCUGUGCUCCUUGAGAAACGCAUUGAGGACCUUCGUGUAGCUGCCAAACUUUUUGAUGAAGAAGGAAGAAAAAAAUUCUUCACACAAGAUAUGAAUAAUAUUCUUCUGGACAUCGAGUUACAGCUACAAGAACUCGGCCCUGUCAUUCGUAGUGGUGUCUACUCCCAUCUUGAAGCAUUUGUGCCAUGCAAUAAGGAAACACUGGUAAAACGUCUCAAGAAGUUACACCUUAACGUCCAGGAUGAUCGUUUAAGAGAACCUCUGCAGAAAUUGAAGCUGGCUGUUAGCAACGUCAUGCCUGAACAGCUGUUUAAAUACCAAGAAGACUGCCAGGCUCGCAGUCAAGCCAAGUGUGCCAAGUUGCAAACAGAUGAAGAACGGGAAAAAAAUGGAUCUGAAGAUGAUGAUGAUGAGAAACCAGGGAAACGAGUCAUAGGGCCACGAAAGAAAUUCCACUGGGAUGACACCAUUAGAACUUUGUUAUGUAACCUUGUUGAGAUCAAAUUGGGAUGCUAUGAAUUAGAGCCAAAUAAAAGCCAGUCUGCUGAGGAUUAUCUUAAAUCCUUCAUGGAGACAGAAGUGAAGCCACUGUGGCCUAAGGGCUGGAUGCAGGCAAGAAUGCUUUUUAAGGAAAGCCGGAGUGUACAUAAUCAUCUUACUUCUGCUCCGGCAAAGAAAAAAGUGAUUCCUACAUCAAAACCCAAAGUCAAGGAGGUGAUGGUAAAGACCCUUCCCGUUCGUUCUUUCCCCACUGUGCUGAAGGAAUGUAGCCCAAAAAAAGACGCCAAGGCUCCUGUAUCUUUGGUGGCUUCAGUUGGUGGUCCUUCCACGAGCUCCAGCACAGCCAUCAUUGCCUCAGCCAGCUCUAGCUCAGCACCAGCCCAAGAAACCAUCUGCCUCGAUGACUCCCUGGAUGAAGACCUUUCUUUCCACUCAUCUUCACUGGAUCUUGUAUCCGAAGCUUUAGCUGUCAUCAACAAUGGGAACAAGGGCCCCUCAGUUGGCUCAAGGCUAAGUGUGCCAACUACAAAGCCUCGUCCAGGACUGAGAGAAGAAAAACUAGCAAGUAUCAUGAGUAAGUUACCACUGGCUACUCCCAAAAAACUAGAUUCUACUCAGACUGCACACUCGUCAAGUCUCAUUGCUGGUCACACGGGGCCAGUACCAAAGAAACCCCAGGAUUUAGCUCAUACUGGCAUUUCUUCAGGCCUUAUUGCUGGUUCUUCAAUUCAGAACCCGAAAGUUUCCUUAGAACCUUUGCCAGCCAGGCUACUCCAGCAAGGAUUGCAAAGGUCAAGCCAGAUACAUGCUUCUUCCUCUUCACAGACUCAUGUCUCCUCCUCCCAAGCCCAAGUUGCUGCCUCCUCUCAGGCUCUGGGAACAUCAGAGGCCCAAGAUGCUUCUCCGUUAACACAAGCAACAAAGGUGCACCAGCACUCAACUGUCCAACAGAACUAUGUGUCUCCAUUACAAGCCACCAUCAGUAAAUCACAGACCAACCCAGUCGUGAAAUUAAGUAAUAACCCCCAGCUUUCCUGUUCGUCCCAACUACUCAAGACUUCAGAUAAGCCACUGAUGUAUCGCCUCCCUUUGUCUACCCCAUCACCUGGAAAUGGUUCUCAGGGGCCCCACCCCCUGGUUUCUAGGACAGCACCGAGCACCACUACCUCCAGUAACUAUUUAGCCAAGGCUAUGGUGUCACAAAUCUCCACGCAGGGUUUCAAAUCUCCCUUCUCAAUGGCUGCAUCUCCCAAACUUGCCUCAUCUCCCAAACCUGCCACAUCUCCCAAACCUUUGCCCUCCCCUAAGCCUUCUGCCUCACCCAAGCCCUCUCUGUCAGCUAAGCCUUCAAUAUCAACUAAACUUAUUUCUAAAUCCAACCCAACUCCCAAGCCUGCUGUAUGCCCAACUUCUUCCAGUCCAAACACACUAGUAGCUCAGAGUAGCCACUCCACUAGUAACAACCCUGUCCAUAAACAGCCCAGUGGAAUGAACAUCAGCAGACAGUCUCCCACUCUGAAUUUGUUACCCUCAAAUCGCACUUCUGGCCUUCCAGCUACAAAAACUCUUCAGGCCCCUUCUAAACUAACAAACUCAUCAUCCACUGGAACUGUUGGGAAGAACAGCUUGAGUGGAAUUCCAAUGAAUGUACCUGCCAGCAGAGGUAGCAACCUUAACUCGAGUGGAGCUAAUAGGACUAGUCUAUCUGGGGGAACAGGAAGUGGAACACAGGGUGCUACUAAACCGUUGUCUACUCCACAUAGACCAGCCUCUGCCUCAGGGUCUUCAGUGGUAACAGCCAGUGUGCAGUCCACAGCAGGAGCAUCAUUAUUGGCUAAUGCCUCACCUCUGACUCUCAUGACAUCACCUUUGUCUGUAACAAAUCAAACUGUGACUCCUUUUGGGAUGCUGGGUGGCCUUGUUCCAGUGACCAUGCCCUUCCAGUUUCCCUUGGAGCUACUUGGCUUUGGAACGGACACAGCUGGAGUGACAACCACCUCGGGAUCUACCUCAGCCGCUUUCCAUCACAGCCUAACUCAGAAUUUACUAAAGAGUUUACAACCGGGAACUCAGCAUGCAGCAACACUUUCCCACUCACCUCUGCCUACACACUUACAGCAAGCAUUUAAUGAUGGAGGCCAAAGUAAAGGGGACACUAAGUUACCACGGAAAUCUCAGUGACUUCCCAGCAAUCAAGAGAGGAAUCAUUUGGCUGGCUGAUGGGACCUACCUGAUGGGAAAGUCUUAUGUGGUCACAGGGCUGCUGUUUCUGUCGAUGUUUACAUUCUCGUCCCAAGCACUGUGGUGAGGAGGAAAAGGAAAGAAAAUGUUACUUGAGCAAAGCCACGUGCAGGAAGGAGGAAGAAAUGCUUUUGUGCAAAGCUAGUGACCUUUGGUCUCUUAAAGUUCCCAUCUUCACCUGCUUCAAAGAGACUCAGCUGUCAAACCCACAGAAGUACCAAUUUGAUUGUUUUUUAAACCUGCGGGGAGAAAAAAGGAAGUUGAGAGGAUUUGGGUAAAUGGCCAUCCAUCCUGGGGGUUGGAUCUGAACACUCUACAUAUAAGUGCAUAAUAAAAGCAACUAAAAGUAGAAUUAGCCCAGUGUGAGGAGAAUCAGUCUGUGUAGGGAACAGAUUUGCCACAGUCAAUUGCAUGAUGCUCUCCAGACAGUAGCCGAAGAGUACUGUACCCUCAAAUGUCCUGAGCAAACUUGAAUCUUCUCCAGUAUGUAGCAGUUCCCAGUGUAAGUCAGCAGACUGAAGAGGCUUCAGCAAAGUUGCUGUAGCAUAGUAAUAUAUAUUACUAUAUCUUUUAGAUUUUUAAAGUCAGGAAAGUGAGCCUGUUGCUCUUUACAGACAAAACGUUGAUAAUGCCCUUUUUGUAAAAGGGUCUAUUUUAUCCUCCAUUCAGAAGUAGGUACUGAACUCCUUUCUGCAGCUGCCUUGUCACCUGGUGUUGACUGGUUAGUAUUUAUUUCUAGUUCUGAUGUGCAGAAGUGAGUGUUCACAUUUCUCUUGAUACUUGGGGUCUUUGUUGUUGGGCUGCUGCUUUGCUGCUCAUCUCCCUUGUAGCCUGCCAAGAGCUGCAGAUGCCCAGUUCCCUCACUGCACAGUGCUCUUCACUAGUGGUACUUCAGGUGACUAGAGCUGUUGAUAUAGACAGUGUGCACAGCAUCUGGUUCUUUAGGAGUCAACCAAAUAACAUGUACAGAAUAGUAUACUGUUUUAAAGGGAUGAAUUCCAGUAGGAAUACUGAUGUGCACAAAGGAUCACCUUUUUUUUACUAUCACAAUGAAGCUUUAUGCCCCAUAUCCAGUGCAGUAAAAAUGUUUUGAGCAUUUGGAAUCUUAAAGUUUUACUAGAAUUUACUCAGAAUGUUGAUAUUCAAGUACACCUCCAGAUAAUUAAGAUUCUUUAAUUCUGGUGUCUGUAUGUGAAUAGAAGCAAUGAAGGGUGUGAAGGGGAAAACAUACAAUUCUCUUUGGAUACAUUUUAUUUUGCCUCAACUACAUUGUGGUGUCCCUUGAAUUUUAAACUUCUGAGUAUUUUCAAAUUAUCUAAGAAUAGCAUAAGCUCUAAGUGAUGUAACUACUUUAUAUAUGAUUGACAGACUAGCCUGGUAAUAACAAGGUUGCUUUCAUAUUCUCAUUACAUAUUACCAUUGUACCAUUAAGUUUAUACAGACAAGAGUGUUAACCAGACCCCAUUUUCCUUUGAUAAGCAAAAGUCCCAAGAAGCCUCUAGGACUAUAAUAACCAACCACAGAUCUGCUCAGAUUUUUAUGCCUAUAAUUUGACUUCAAAGUCACAUUGACAUGCUUCAUAGCAAAAAGUCAGUGAAUAACUGAAAACUUUAGUUCCAAGAACUUGUUGCAGUAAGGGAAAAGGAUUAUUCAGAAGAACCAUUGAAGCUGGGUAUUCUGGCCCAUGCUUGUAAUCCCAAUACUCAGGAGGGUGAGGCAGGAGGAUCUCAGGUUUGAGGCCAGCCUGGAGUAUAUAGCAGUGAGACCCAGGCUAGUUUGUACUGGGCUGACAAUGGGACCCUGUCUCCAAAAGAAAAAAAAAGAAAAAAGAAAAAAAAAAAAGGAAAGGAAUCAUUGUUAUAAUUUCUUGACUGUAGUAAUUUUGUUUACCAAUAAAACAAAUACAGAUGCUAUAUGAGCCCUAGUAGAUAUUUUGGAAAAAUACAGGGACAUUGCAGAGCUUUGACUUGAAUUUAACAUGUUAAGUUUCAUUUGAAAGGUCUCUUAGAGAAGCUUGCUCAGCUCUUGGCUUACUCUAGCACCAGGUGACUUCUUUUUAAACAUGCCUGCUCGCUCAUACUGCCUGGGCUGCUGUGCUGGGGUGUGUUUAGGAAGGCAGCCUUGGACUUCACUUCCUCUACCCAGGGAGAAAGAAGUCAGGGCAUAUUAGUCUCUCUUCCUGCUGAUACCUGUGUGUUUGUGUGUUUACAUAGACACACACAUUCAUAUAAAUCAAUUGCUAAUAAAAGUCAAAUAAUGAUAAUUGUAGUUUCUUAAAUCCAUCAAUUCUGAACCAUGCUAUAUGAAGGCCCCUUGUGGUUCUUUGCCAUCAUUAGAAAAGAACAAGAUUAGUAAUUCUCUUUCCUGUGUCUUUUUAUAAAAUUACCUGAAGCAGGGGGCUCUGAGAAUAUAAUAUGUAAAGUAUAUUCUGUUCCUGUCAGUCCUGAUUCCCCAAGGGCUGCUGUUAGAACCCUACUUCAGCAGCUCUUUCAUGUUAUACAGAUGAAUCAGAGUCAUUUCUACAUGUAAAUACAUUUCUUUCUAUAUCAUAGCAUUGAAAAUGGUGUCCAUACUUUAUGGUUACCUAUCUUUACACUUUUUAUUACUAAAAACAAGCAUAUAAGUUGGUUAUUUUUUAACAGAGACUUGCGACUCAUGCUGUAUUUUUGCACUUAAAGUCAGAUUAUGUUAUUUUUAAAAUGGUGAGUAACUGGAAAGGAUAUCUGUAGAGCAAUGUGUAUCGCUAAAGAACAUUAGCAACAUCCAAAUGCAGAAGUAAAUCAGCACACUUAGAUCCCAUUCAUGGGGUACUUGAUUCAGGAAGAUUAAGCUAUUUGUUUCCAACUGUCUUAUAUUUGAAAUUGCCUUCACUAGUGUCUGAGCUGUUACUGUACAUACAAGGUGAUCCUCAGUAUUCACAAGCAAUAACAGUCAGCAGAGCUGUCCUCGGACAGCAGUGCUGGACCUCAGUUGGAGACUGUUUGGGAGCAAAGUGUCAAGCUCAUUCAGAGCCUCCGAAAUAAAUGCAAGCAAUAAUUUCUAUUAAAAUUAAAUUAUAAUUCCUCUCAUGCUUCUGAAAACAGAGUGAGAAAUCAUGAUUUUAAAACAAUCUGGAGAAAAGAUUUGGGGAAAAGAAGCCAAGUUAAUCUAUAGUAAGAUAGUCCUUAUACUUCGAAGAAAUCAAGAAGAUUCAAUUAGUACAUUGUUUUAUGCCCACCACCCCUUUGAUGGAUGUUAUUAACCCAAAUUAUGUUGUUUUGUGUCAUAGACACUGAAUAAGGCUUAUUUGGGUCCCAACACUGGGGAAAGAACCGGGCAUAUACCUGUUUAAAGACUGUGGGUUUGACACCUGCUUGGAAACAGCUUAUUGGAACUGAUCUCAACCCAGAAUAUUUUUUCCCAAAGCAGAUCUAAAAUUGUUUACUAUGCAGAGAUGGAAAGGGCAGGCACCCCUAUUCUCUCUCCUCUGGUUGCCCUCUCCCACAAUCCUUUCCACCUCUACUUGGUUCAAGACUUUCUGAAAUGAAAAUUCUAUUGUUAUUGCAACUGCCAUUGGUUAUGAGAACUCUGUCCUUUGGGAUCGUCUCUAGAACUCAUUAUCUGUCCUACUUGCUGCUACAUUUGGAAAAUGAAUUUGCCUGUGUUGGUUGACUUUACCUUCUCUAUUUGUAGGAGAUUUUGUCAUGUCCUUUGACCCCUGUGUAGAAGAACUAGGGUACUUUAUUUCAGGAGUGUACUAUGAAAGCACACUGGUCCUUGUCUUGUUAUUAUUAUCUAGGUUUUGGAUUUGAUUCCUUUGUUUGUUGGGUUUUGUUUUGUUUUAUUUUUCAAAUUGAAAAUAGAAUGACGAAAAUCUAUACUCCAGGCCAAACUUGAGAACUGUCCUGAGCUUCAGCAAGAGAACUUCUGCUGACCUAAUGUUCUCUGAAGGGCACUUUGACUUUUAGUUGUACAUGUGUGACUGUUUGUUUUUGCUUUGGGGUUGCUUUUGGUUUUGUAAAAACAAAGCAGAAAAAAAGUACAGUAGUAGGUAAAUGAUCACAAACAUGUUAUGCAAUUUUAUUUUAUAAAAUUUUAAGGGAAAAGUUUUAACUCCUUGUAAAUAAUUUCUUAUCUCUGGUAAAAUGCUUAUAUUACUCCUCUAAACCAUGCUCAAUUCAGGCCUUUGUCUUUGUUAAGUGCCUUUUAUUUCUUUCUUUUUCUCCCCUCUUUUGAAACUUUUCAGACACCCUCAAGUACAUACUGAUUAAGUCAGGAGAUUCAGGAGAAAGAAUCUCAGACUUGCCAAAAUCAUGUCAUGUUAUAAUACUCUUCCUGUGCUCUGUAUGUGUGGACACAAGUAUGAGAUGCACAGUGUGUGUGUAUAAAACCAGGCACAGCUGUUCCGUGGCAAUCUUUCUAAGCACUGCCCUUUGGACAUUGCAGAACUUCUGCCUUGUUUAUUCCAUUGCUUUGAGUUGAUUCAGGUGGGCAGACCGGGAAGUAGUCUUUGCACAUGAUGCUGGCUUCCCCUUCUGAGUAUCUGUAGAAGUUAAUGUGUGUGUGUGUGUGUGUGUGUGUGUGUGUGUGUGUGUGUGUGUGUGUGUGUGUGUGUGUAGGGCAUUAUAUAUGUGUUGGUUAUUGCAAACAUAAUAAACUCGGUGAACUCAUUGACUAUUUCUGGAUGUAAUCCACUUCUCUCUACCCUUCAGAUUUGGCAGAAGUAGUGUGUGAGGAAGCAUCAGGAUAACAAGAGUAUCUUGUGGGUCAGUCUGAUACGGUGCCCUAUGCAGACGAGAUUAAACACAUGGAGGGCUAGACCUAGAAUCAUACAGUGGUAGUGAAUAUACUUUGAAGGAAGUUAGCACCCAUGUCAAUAUUAAAAGGUGUUUUCUUCUGGAAAAUUACCUGUAAGAAAUUAUAUAGAUGAAUACCUUUAAAACUUCAAUAAACUUAAGAUUUUUAGAUAGUGAGGAAACACUCAUAAUCUGCAACAUACUUGAGGGAUUUUCAAUCUCUUUAUUUUCCAGAUGAUUAGAUUUUGCUCUGAUUUCAUGAUUAUUUAAAUAUCUUUCUUGAGCAAAAUAAUAUGACUUUCAAUAUCUAAGAUUUAUUUAUUUAUUUUUUAGAUGUGACAUGUUGAAAGAGACUAAGUUGAACCAGUUCUCUUAAACAGUACAAAUAUAUCUAUAAAGGACCCCAUUUGAGGACUAUUGUAAUUGGAAAAGGAGACUGAAAGGCUGAAAGAAGCAGCUCCUGCAGCAGAGCUGCCAUCAGGCAGCUGGGAUCAGGAGUGAGUGUUCCUUCCUAAACUACUUUAUCUAGGGGGAUGUCAUUUAACCUUCGUGCCUCAGAUUACCCAUGAGACAAUUGGGUAUAAUAAUAAUCACCUACCUCCCAGGGAUAUCAGAGACUUUACUAUUUCAAAAAUAUUUUGAGUUUUUCUAGAACAUCCUAUAUAAUUAUAGUAUUAUCUUCCUGCAGAGGUUGAAAAACAUAUGUGGAUAUAAAGAGCACCCUUUAUGGUCUUUAUGUUUAAAAAAAAAAAAAAAACAAUCACUGGAAUUUUAAUUUAGAUGCAUAUUUGAUAUUUAAACAUACCAUAUUUGUAGUGUGGUAGAAUUAUUAGUUUCAGAUUAAAUCAAAGGAGAUGACACUAAGUUUCUUAACUACCAAUAGAUUUUUUGUUAAAGCUUUUAUGAUGUUAUUACUUGUGUGAUGUUUUCAAAGGUUGUGAAAGUAAAGUUAGAUAAAGUUUGGUUUACUGAUAAAUGAUCCUUAAAAGUUAUAGCCUCCCUCUUAUACCUCCUGAAUCUAAUUUCUUUCUAGUGCUUGCUUGGUGAUGGAAACUUAAGUUUUUACGUUUCUAAGAGUAAAUCAGACCCUGCACACUGCUCCUGUGUCUGUAGGUUUAUCGGGCUUUGUCAUGGGGGUGGGGCAGUCCUACACCUAGGCAGCUGUCUAUAUUUAACUUUGCAGUUCAUGCUUCUUCAGCCUAUGAACAAGUUAGAGCCAUCAGCUGCUCAGGCUGUAGGUGGGAGAAAGAAGAUAGGAUUCACUUCCUGGCUAGGGCAGAGGUCAGGGGACAAGGAGACAUGAUUUCCCUAGCUCCCAGGAGAUUAGAUCAUUUUAUCUCACUUUCCAUUUGUGCAUACUGAGUAAUAAUCCAUGAAAUGUUUCUCUUUAAAACAGCAGGGGCAAAUGAGUGCUGCAAUCUUUGUUAGGGCUGAAUUGUGUGUGAGAGAGAAUGAGUGUGGGUGAGUUUAGAUUACAGCACACAUCAGGGUCAGCAAAGACAGAGAGUGCACGGUGUUGAGGAACAGGUCCCCAGCUCGUGUGAGUUAGGAGAAAGCACUAGGCCUAAGCAGUUGCCACAUCCAGGCUGACCCUAGAACUGGCUCUGAUCUGGUCUUUCUCUAGUCCUAGGGGAUUUUCUGUUGGUGGUGGUUGUUUUUCUAAAAUCACUUUAGGGAUUUUUGUUUAUUUUUUUCUCUCCUCCCGAUAGGCCUUAGUUCAUAGCCUCUAAGUAUCAGCUAUGCAGAUAAGCAUACUCUUUGUUUUCCACAUUUCCUUCUUGUUCCAUUCUUCAGUAACAAAUGUGAAAAUUUCAACUCCAAGUAAUAAGGUUUAGGAGUUUUGUUGAAGGUGUGAGUGUUUUCUCUGGGGAAGAGUAACAGCAGCCUAAAACCAGAUAUGUUGUCUCUGUUCAUCUGCCCUAAAAUGUGAACUUGACAUCAAAAGCUAGCUGAUGAUCCUUUUGCCUGUGCAGACCUUGAGUUAGUGUCAUGGAACAUGUUUGAGCUUUUAUGAAGUCACCCAGUGUGGUGCUGAGAGUUGAGUUAGUGUGUGGUUAGUGUUUGGUUGAGCUGAGAAGGUGCUCAGGCUCUGAUUGAAAACAGCUUCAGUAUUCAUGUUGAAGUCUCCAUUGCUCGUCUUUGUUCUUGCCUUUGGUGGGGAGCUCUUAUGUCACCCACUGUUCCAUCCACUACGAUGGAAGUGGCUUGUGGUUAGAUCCAGGAAGGAAAGGUGAACUGUUUCCACAUCCUCUUCUCUGUCACUUUCCCAUCUGCCCUCUGUCCCCAUCCAACACAGAGUAUAGGGGAGCAUUUACAUCUCAGCAGAGCCAUAAGCAUAGGUUAUCUUUAGAGUUUGGUGGAAAUACCUUUGACUACCUGAUGCUAAACGACACUUUUCUCAAGCACACUCUAAGUACCACUUGCUUUACAGUGGUUCUCUGUCAUCUCCUUGGGUUGUGAUGUUUCUACUUCUCUGUGUUUCCUCUGGGUUCCCAUUUCAUAGCAAUUGAUACUCACACUUGGUGUCCUUUUUACACUGAUACCCACACUGGUCUUAGUAGUACAGUUAAGUACAACUAAGGUUCUGUACAUAGUCCAGAACUUGGGGAUUUUUCCUCUCCUCAUUUAUAUUAAAAAAUAGAUCGCAUAGGCUGAGGGUGCAGCUCAGUGGUGGAGCUCUUGCCAAGCAUUUGCGAAGCCUAGAGGUCCCUACCCAGCAGUGGAAAAUAACAAUAACUAGAUCUCAUUUUUACACAACACCUGUACCUUUCAAGAUUCGUCAGAAGAAAUAGGAUCUUCUUUAGAGGCUUGUAACAGUCUGCCUUGCUGGUUUUCUUACCUCCCCUAGAACAGAGCUUUUUGGCUAAGGUCUUUUGAGCCAAGCAGACCAUUGAAUCCUUAGUCCCAAUUUUAAGUUCCUCCGAAGACUAUCAUUUGCCCCCACUUUGCUACAGUUACAUAAUUCAGUUUGACCCUGAGUAUGGCUGCUGGGUGCUUGGUGGUAGAGCUUUGACUGACACCAGAUAACAAAGUCAGCAGCUCUAUCUGUCUUCAGAGUACGCUUAGGAAUCGACAACAACCAAGAAUCGCCAUUGUCUGCCCGUGUGACAACUUAUAUUUAAAAUUUCACAAGCAUAGUGUAUUUUCUCUAUUUAUAACCAUAAACUUUCCUUCAUUCUUACUUCUACUGUUUGCAGAAACAUUGUGCCCUCUCAGAAAAUUGUUUUUCCCUCACACUGGCAAAAUUACCAAGGAUUUGCCCAAUUUCAGCAAAAACAUAAAAAGGAAAAUAAUUUUUUGUCAGUUGACAAGGGUAUUUGUUUUAAAUAGUUAGAAAGUUGAGCCAGGUUUGGUCAGCUUUCUUGACAUUUCGGCUCUGCCUCCAUAAUACAUUAUAUGUUUGACAUGUGAUCGAGGGACUUCUCCCAUCGAGGGAGCUUGGUUUCCCUCCCAUACAGCUUCCUUUGAUUCGUAGCUAGCCUCCGAGAAGAGAGCCAAGCUUUGCAGUGACCGAUUGUCAACUGUCAUUGAAAAACUGUCUUAGUCUAGAAGAUAGUGGAGUGCUAAACCAUUCUUGGAGGAGAGUGUUAAUUUGAACCUCCCCGGAGUUUCUCUUGUUAAACAGUGUCAGUUUUUAAGGAAAGGAAAAUAUUCUCUGGCUGGUGAAAAUUUUGUGCGCCAAAUAAUGAACGUAAGUCUAACCAAGGUGACGAGGAGAUGGGUGUUUUCUCUCUUUGCUUGUGAGCAAGGUUUAUUUAUGAUUGUCAGAAUUCCCGUGGAACUGCAGACCUAUUUGCUAUAACCUGAAAAUUUGCCUGAAUUAUAGUUUGGUAAAGCACAGAUUUCCAACCCUAUGUCCAAGUUUAGCUAAGGGGAGACUUGUUUAGUAACAGAAGGAAAACUAGUUAUUUAUACAGUGAGUGUCCACUCUACAGAGCUGCUUCCCACCAGGGAAACGGUUCUUCCUCUUCGGUCAGCUCCACCCUACACAGAUGUUAUUACUGUGUUUGCAAGCCAGCCUCCAAGAAAGGAGCCUGAGAAGUUGAUGGUCCUUUAGGGGGAAGGCCCCAAUUACUGUGUUGCAGCUGCUCGCAGGAAGUUGUAUUUUUACUAACUUGAAGGAAUAUAUGCUGUAUUUCAAAUAAGUGUGUGACUUAAUACUUUGGGAUUUUUUUUUCCUCUAAAAACUGGACCUGAACACAAGCUUUGAGUUGGUAUUUGUAAUAAUCUCAGGACCUGAAAGAUUGUAGCAUUUAGUGUGUCUUAAAAAUUAUGUACUGUACCAGCCAUGGAGUUUUGUAAAUAUACCUGUCUCCCUUUUUUGUAUUAUUUUAGUAAAUAAAUAAAUAAAUUUAUAAAAGGGGUGGUGAUGACGUGUGUGUGUGUGUGUGUGUGUGUGUGUGUGUGUGUGUGUGUGUGUGUGUAAGGCUCUUUUAAGACAGACUGGUGCUUGGGCUCAGCAGGAAUAUGCACACACUGCUGCUCCUGACCCUGCACUGAGCAAGGAGCAGGUCCUUCGUCCUGCCUUCCCAGUGCUCUCUGCAGUACUAGCAAAUGGGAAGGCACUCAGAACCCAAGCUCUGCUCCACACCCAUCUUGCCCUUGCCAUCUUGGUCUAGUUCUAGCACCCUAUAAACUCUGGCACUAAAGCUUCUACAUUUCACUAAUUCCUGGUUUUAGAACUCAUAACUUUCCUAAGAAAAAUAGAAGGGCAGGUUUAAAAAAAAAAAACAACAGAAGAGCCUCACAUUUCAUAAGACCCCUGAUGAAUUUGGCUAUGUGAGAACGUAAACAUUCCUAACCGUGAAUUUACUAACUAGCCCCGUGAUACACUCCUUCAGUGCAGGGAUUUUUGUUUGUUUUACUUUGCAGCAGCCUUGUUCAUAUUCCAGGUGUAGCUAGCAAACCCAUUUUGAAAUAAGAGCCUUACUUGAUUCAGACAGAGUAGAUGUUUCCUGUCUAUCCUUUGUGACAGGACCUCUUACAUGAGUGUGUUUUUUUUCUUUUGUAUAUGUUAUGUGUUUGUUGUAUUAAAUAAAGAAGACUGUAAAUAUUA